CUCACCCCAUAAAAACCCACAGUUCAUUCCAAGAUUGCUUCAGCAAACCUAAACCAUUUCAAAUCCAACCUCUUGAUUAGGAGUACUAUUUGCUCAGUUUCUCAAAUGGAAGGAAGAGUUUUCACAGAAGAGCAGGAAGCUUUGGUGGUGAAGUCAUGGAGUGUGAUGAAGAAGAAUGCGGCAGAACUGGGUCUCAAAUUCUUCUUGAAGAUAUUUGAGAUUGCCCCAUCAGCCCGGAAGGUGUUCCCAUUCCUGAGGGACUCAAAUGUUCCCCUCGAACAGAAUCCUAAGCUCAAGACCCAUGCCAUGUCUGUUUUCAUUAUGACCUGUGAAUCAGCGGCGCAGCUCCGGAAAGCGGGCAAAGUCACGGUGAGAGAGUCGAGCCUGAAGAAACUGGGCUCCGUCCACCACGAAAGCGGCGUGGCCGACGAACAUUUCGAGGUGACGAAAUAUGCACUGAUGGAGACCAUAAAAGAAGCGGUUCCGGAGAUGUGGUGCCCGGAAAUGAAGAGUGCUUGGGGGGAAGCUUAUGACCAGCUCGUUGCUGCUAUCAAAUCUGAAAUGUAGCCUUUAAACUUUUCCUAGUGUUCCUUCAUAGAAUCUGAACGCAAAAUAAGUAAUAAUAAAGAAAGUAAGGCUGUGAUUUGUAUGUC